GUGGCUCGCAGGCAGAGAGACGCCAUAUUCAUUUGUCAACGGACGUCAAGUAGCGGCAUAUCGUAUCCCAAGAGAAAAUCGUGUGAAAGUACCCGCGCGAGAAGUCUAAACAAUUAGAGUGUGCUCCAGAGUAAACAUCUUCGACACCAAGAAGAGAAUUUCGUACCAAUCUUCAAGAAAGAAAGGAGAGAGAUAACGGAAUAAUCUUAUUAAAAAAAAAAGAAGAGAGAAUAGUAGGAGAGGAGUGCCAAGAGAAACCACGAGGAAGACCAAGAGAAUCGGUUGGAAGCGUCCAACUAGUUUUGAAAAGAGAAAGAGAAAUAGACAAGUAUAUAAUUUUCCCAAGUGCAUUCGAAGAUAAAGAGAAAACUCGUCAUGUCAAAGGAAGCAGCUAAACGCAAACGAGAGGAAUACGAGAUGCAGCUGUUUGGCUUUCACUCCCGUGCUGUUUAUGCAAGACUGGAGGAUAUUGUACGGGAGAAGAUUCGAUCGAGAUGCGAAAAAUUAGCUGAAUGCAUUGAGAAGAAAUAUACACCGGAUGAGGAAGCGCUCAGAGUUCUCAGAAGCGAAACUGAACGGCUUGUCAAAGUGUAUCACGAGGGAUGUCAGCCACACUUGAAGACCAUAUAUACGGCGACUAAUAAGUUUGUACAUAUUCCUGAUAACGUUCUGUUAAACGAGGACAAAUCUCAAGCCGUUCAAUAUACGGAGGAGGAAUUUGAAAAGAUGAAAAGUACUUUGGAAAAUUUACAAAAACGUACAAAGAGGGCCACCAUCCUCAAUGCAGCCUUGAAACAGGAAAUGGAGGAUUUGGAACAGUUUAAAGACUUUAAAUGCAUUGCUGAGAGACUUUGUAACGUUAUAGAAAAUGCAAUUGAGUAUCCUCAAGUUGAUAUGAAAAUUGCUAAGCUUCAACAAGCGUAUCUCGUUCUGGAUAAUCAUCUGAAACAAUUGAAAACGACGUCGUACAAAGAAAAGCACAAUCCAAAGAUCGAUAACAACGAGCUCGAGAGUGUUGACUUGUUUUCCUGAAUAAAAUGAAUUCUUCAAGUUACGUUAACGCCCGUGAAGAACGAACGUAUAUUUUUUCAAUUUUGUAAAAUAACAGAAUAUAUAUAUCUUAAGAUCGAGAACCUUUACUAGGCUAAUUUCUAUGUUGAAUUCUUAUGCUGUUACUGCAUCGGGUAGAUCAUAUAUCCAGUAUAAA